AUAGGGGAGAAAGGGGAUAAGUGGGGCGGAAUUAUUUCCGUGUACUUGAAGAACGUGUGUCGCAUGAUACUUCUGAGUAAACAUUGUCAAGUCUCUCUGAGUCCAGUGGGCUUAUUCGAAACAAAGUGUGCGUAUGACUGCAGCUUUACAUCCCGAGAUUGGCAUGUUGCCAGAGAGAUUUCAAGUUGACUAGCAUCAUCGUAUGUGUCGAGAAGGGUGGCGGGCGGGUGAGCUCUUUAUUCGUGGCGCUGGGCAGGCACCGCGGGUAGCCUUGCUCUGCUCACGGUGGCGGGGAACACCCUUAUUAGGCUGCUGCCUUUUUUGGGAAGGAGGCGUUAGACUCCUAAGCGGAACUGAAGGCAGUGAUGCUUUGUUGCAGGGAGGAAGCCCAUUGGCAGCCCUCGUGCUGCUGCAGGCUCUCCAACGAGGAACGCAGCGGGUAGCGGCCUCAUCGAGCGCUGUUGAUUUAUCUACAACAUGCAACAGCAUCUAUAUUCAUACAAAAUCUGCAACCGAUUCCUUUUUCACUGUUUAAAUAAAUCUAGUCCAAAUGGCUUAGAUAUAUGGGUCAGAAACAUACACUCUUCAUUAGCAAGUACAUGUGGCGCUGAAGAAAAAUCAUUGAAUUUGCAUGGCAAUGAAAGGCCACACGAUACAAAUGAAGACUGUCAUCAGCUACAUAUACCAGUUAUGGUCAAGGAAGUUGUUAAUUUUUUAGCACCCCAGCAAGGACAGUGUAUUCUUGAUAUGACAUUUGGAGCAGGUGGCCAUACAAAGGCUCUUCUGCAAAAAGCAAUGGAUAUUAAAAUCUAUGCACUUGACAGAGACCCUAUGGCUUAUGAACUGGCUCAGCAACUUUCCAAGUAUCACCCGCAACAAAUUCAAGCUCUUCUAGGACAGUUUAGUCAAGCAGAAGUCUUGUUAACUUCUGUUGGAGUGCAGCCAGGAAGUCUGGAUGGAGUCCUUUUGGAUGCUGGUUGCUCUUCUAUGCAACUUGAUACUCCCGAAAGAGGUUUUUCCCUACGAAAAGAUGGUCCUUUGGACAUGAGGAUGGAUGGUGGCAGGUAUCCUGACAUGCCCACUGCUGCUGAUGUUGUGAAUGCCUUAGAUCAACAGGCGCUUGCGUCCAUCCUGAGAACAUACGGGGAGGAGAAGCAUGCUAAGAAAAUAGCUUCGGCAGUUGUUCAGGCACGCAGCAUCUACCCCAUCACCAGAACUCAGCAGCUUGCCAGCAUUGUUGCAGGUGCUUUCCCAGAAGCAGCUUUAUAUGCUCGUAAAGACUUCCUUCAGAGACCAACACAUGUUGCUACCAAAACUUUUCAAGCCUUGCGCAUAUUUGUGAACAAUGAGCUUCAUGAACUCUAUGAAGGGUUAAAGGCGGCUGAGAAGUUCCUCAAACCUGGAGGUCGACUUGUAACACUUUCUUUCCAUUCAUUAGAAGAUCGUAUCGUCAAGCGAUUUCUUCAUGGUAUAGAUAUGUCAGAGAAAUUCAACCUCAAUAUAAGGCAGAAAAUAAGGCAAAUGGGAAAUAAUUCUUCAGAACAAGAGCAUUAUGAUGAUGGUAUUGAUGAUGAAGAAUUGUCUAAUGGAAAUGGUAACUCAAAAUGGACAGCCAUACAGAAGAAAGUGCUUACUCCCCAAGCUAAAGAUAAUGAAAAUAAUCCAAGAGGACGCUCAGCAAAACUAAGAGGAGCCAUCAAGUUGUGACUUAUUGGCUGACAACCCAAGCAGACAAACUGGGAUGUUAUAGAACUGUGAAGAGAUAUUACUCAGAAUUCAAUCAAAGUGUUGUGAAGCAGCAGAGCACAUGCACCAGGGGGAACAAGUUUUGCAUCUGUCCCCAUUAGUGCACUUUGCCUUAAAAAAUGUGUCCCUGAGGACUGCACGACUUUUGGGAACAUAUUUCUACAAGCAAGCAGGGCUUUGGGGAGAGAUGCAAACAUUGCUUCCCCAUCCCCUCCUCAUGUGCUGGGCUGCGAGACAAAUAGCACAAUUAGUGUCUUGACUCCAUGGGAGGGUGGACCUCUUGCUCCGCCCUCAUGAAGCUGCAGAGCAUGUGAGCUACUAUUCUUUAACAAGAAGCUUGAUCACUAUAUUAGGAAAAGUAUCAUGAAACAUGUCCAUUAAAAUUAUUUUUACCUUGAAAUUUGUGGGUUUAAUGUUUUUAGUUUUAAAAUAUCUAAUCCUUUUGUUAAUUUUGGGUGUCUUGAUAUUAUAGGGAUUUGUUUCAAAUUAAAAAAAACUAUGAUGAAUGGUAAUGAAAAUGUUUUUCACUUUUUAAAAGUUAUAUACUGCUUUCCCCAAUUUUCAUUAUAUGUAUCAUUAAAUGUUAAAUAUAAGUA